UCCCCUUCCCUCUGAAUAGACUAAAACUUUCUUUUUAAGGCCGCUAGAUUUUCUCCACGCAAUUCCUUUCUUUCCUCUCUCUCUCUCCCUUCUCUUCAUCUCCUCAGCUCCGCAAAAUCUCCGACCUCGGCCUUUCGCCGCCGGAGCUUCGCGGAUUGAAUCCCAGCGCCGAAUGGGACUCCGAUCCGCUCUCAAGGUGGGAAUUUGACGCGAUCUCCGAUGGGAUCGCGCCGCAUGGAGGCCUAGGGUGGAGGCAGCGGCGGAGGAGCUCCUUGCCGAGAAGAUGAAGAGAGGGCGGCGGCUUUACUCGGAGCAGCGGAUCGCGGUGGAGUUCCUGGUGGUUUGAUGGAAGUGGUUCUGAGGUCCUCUGAGUCGAUUUAUGGAGGUGAAGCCCUCGCGUCCCUGUGGGGUGUGGUCGGGGGCAGCAUUUCCGGUGCUGGCUCGCAGUUCGGUGGUCGCGAUCGAGGUUGCAUUGCUUCUGAUAUGGGUUGGAGGGACUCACGCCAAAUCUGAAGACAAUAAGCCAUUGCAUUGGCAUGGUCCUGAAGUAGGGGACAAAGAUGUUUAUCUCACACACUCAUGCAUCCAUGAUCAAAUACUCCAUGAGAGGCGGCGUCCUGGUCGCAAGGAGUACUCUGUCACUCCUCAGGUUUAUGAGGAAUCCAGUUUAACGAGACACCAACAUCGAAGAGGAAGAUCUUUGCUUGGACUGUCAUCAUCAUCUUUGCUGGAAAAAGAUGUGAGGCAGCCCAUCAGGAUUUAUCUAAAUUAUGAUGCUGUUGGACACUCUCCUGAUAGAGAUUGCCGAAAUGUUGGAGACAUUGUGAAGCUUGGUGAGCCUCCUGCAGCAUCAGUUCCUGGGACCCCUGUGUGCAAUGCUCAUGGAGAUCCACCAGUUUUCGGGGACUGCUGGUAUAACUGUACCCUGGAAGACAUAACUGGGGAGGAUAAAAGACAACGCCUUCGCAAGGCAUUAGGGCAAACAGCUGAGUGGUUCAAAAGAGCUUUAGCUGUUGAGCCUGUCAAGGGGAACUUGCGGUUAAGUGGAUAUUCUGCUUGUGGUCAAGAUGGUGGGGUGCAGCUUCCUCAUGAAUACGUUGAAGAUGGUGUUGCUGAUGCUGACCUUGUUCUCUUAGUAACCACUAGACCUACAACUGGUAACACUCUUGCAUGGGCAGUGGCAUGCGAGCGUGAUCAAUGGGGUCGUGCAAUUGCAGGGCAUGUGAAUGUUGCUCCUCGUCAUUUGACAGCAGAAGCUGAAAAUUUACUUUCAGCUACUCUGAUACAUGAGGUCAUGCAUGUUUUAGGUUUUGAUCCUCAUGCCUUCGCACAUUUUCGUGAUGAAGGAAAAAGAAGGCGUAGUCAGGUCACUGUGCAGGCUAUGGAUGAAAAGCUCGGACGGAUGGUUACUCGUGUGGUUCUUCCCCAUGUUGUCAUGUAUUCUAGACAUCAUUAUGGAGCAUAUUCUGAAAAUUUUACUGGCUUAGAGUUGGAAGAUGGAGGGGGGCGGGGAACUUCAGGUUCACAUUGGGAGAAGAGACUUUUAAUGAAUGAGAUCAUGACUGGGUCUGUUGAUACAAGAUCGGUCGUUUCAAAGAUGACUUUGGCUUUAUUAGAGGAUAGUGGAUGGUACCAGGCUAACUAUAGCAUGGCAGACCGCCUUGAUUGGGGUCGAAAUCAGGGGACAGAAUUUGUUACCUCGCCUUGCAAUCUUUGGAAGGGGGCAUACCAUUGCAACACCUCCCAAUUGUCGGGCUGUACAUAUAACAGGGAGGCAGAAGGGUACUGUCCUAUUGUAAGCUAUAGUGGGGACCUGCCGCAAUGGGCUCGAUAUUUUCCCCAGGCGAACAAAGGCGGACAAUCAUCAUUGGCUGACUACUGCACCUAUUUUGUUGCUUAUUCUGAUGGUUCAUGCACUGAUGUAAAUAGCGCACGGGCACCUGACAGAAUGUUGGGUGAAGUGCGAGGAAGUAAUUCAAGGUGUAUGGCUUCAUCAUUGGUGCGUACUGGAUUUGUUAGAGGAUCUAUGACCCAAGGGAAUGGCUGUUAUCAGCAUCAGUGCACAAACAACACUUUGGAGGUUGCUGUUGAUGGGAUCUGGAAAGCAUGUCCUGAAGCAGGUGGUCCUAUUCAAUUUCCUGGCUUCAAUGGUGAGCUGAUCUGUCCAGCAUAUCAUGAAUUAUGCAGGACUGUGCCUGUCAGUAUGAAUGGCCAAUGCCCUAGCUCAUGUAGUUUUAACGGUGAUUGUAUUGAUGGGAAGUGCCACUGCUUUCUUGGGUUUCAUGGCCAUGAUUGUAGCAAGCGAUCCUGCCCUAGCAAUUGUAGUGGACAUGGCACAUGCCUCCCUAAAGGGAUCUGUGAAUGUGAAGGUGGUCGUACUGGCAUUGACUGCUCUACAGCCAUUUGUGAUGAGCAGUGCAGUUUGCAUGGUGGAGUUUGCGAUGAUGGUGUGUGCGAGUUCCGGUGUUCUGAUUAUGCAGGUUACACUUGCCAGAACAGCUCGACAUUGCUGCCUAGCCUCUCAAUAUGUGGUGAUGUGCUAGCUGGGGAUGCAGUUGGUCAGCACUGUGCCCCUAGUGAACCCAGCAUACUACAGCAGCUCGAAGCAGCUGUGGUCAUGCCUAACUACAAUCGUUUGAUGCCGGGUGCACGUUGGUCUCUUAGUGGACUCUUUUCUAAAAGUAGUUACUGUGAGGCAGCUGCGAAGCAGUUGGCUUGCUGGAUCUCGAUCCAGCAGUGCGACAAGGAUGGGGAUAACAGGCUUCGAGUGUGCCACUCUGCAUGUGCUUCAUAUAAUAGAGCAUGCGCAGCGUCCCUUGAUUGCUCGGACCAGACCUUGUUCAGCAGCGAGGAGGAAGUGAAGGGGCAGUGCACAGGCUAUGGCGAUGGAAUGCUGGGACACGAAAGGCCAAGCAAGGAACCACUUGGGUGGUUAAGAGGCUUAAGAAUCUCCGCUCGCAGUAGCUGGGGUAGCAGCCGAAGCUGAAAUUCUCUGUAAAUGUUCGUGUUGAUGGCUGUUUUUCUUCUCUUUUUUUUAUGUAUUUUUUCUAGGCCUUUAAUUGUAGGAAACAGUCAUGCAUGUAUGCGUGCCAAAAUGUUGUGUCCAAUUUCACCCAGGCAUCGAAUCCUUGAAGAAGGAUUGUUGGGUGCUUGUGAAAUUGAGUUGGGCUUUUUCCGAAGGUCGAGCCCAAGCAAAGAAGAGGAAAAUCUGACGCUGGUGGGGAACUGGUGGUGUUGCAAAAUUGAGAGAUGUGAAGGAAAGAAAGCUUAGCGUAUUAUUGUCCCCCAGUGUCAUUGUUUCUCCUGAAGCUGGUUGAAUUUUUAGUCUUUUUUGUGUAAGAGCUUCCAGUGGUAUGAUGGAUCGGAUAUCUUGUUGAAGAAUAAACUGUGUUGAGAGAAUUUUAAUGAGGGAAA